AUGACAGUUUUCGCGAGGUUGUGGCGCUCCUUCCACAGGAGCGACGACGAGCAGUGUGCUGAGGCCUUCGAGGCCGCACCUCACGUGGCCUGCCCCACGCAUGAGGUGCCAGUAAAUCGCGCCGAAGAGCGCCUCUUUGCGAAGGAGGACUUCCCGCCGCCGACUCCUGCUCUUGAUCUCAGCGACUUCCUCCAGGAGCUGUCGGAAGGUGCUUCUGAGUCGCUCAAAGCCGAUGAGCUUCUGUACGCUGCCACGGAUGGCAGUGCUCGCAACGACAUUGCUGCGUCAGCCAUUGUCUUCGGGCAGCAUGUGACUGAGCACAGCAGCUUUGCAGCAGGGACGGGUGAUGAGGACCAGUCUGCUUUCAAAGCUGAGAUGCAAGCUUUGCUUUGGCUUGCUACUGUCUGCUGUGAAGUUUCUGGUAAGCUCUCCAUGCAACGCGAACUUUUCGUUGUAUCUGACUGCCUUGCGGCGAUUUCUGCUUGUCAAUCUGGCCACUCUUCUGAUUUGCCAGGUCUGGCUCGUGCUGCCUUUGACCUUUUCGCGCAGUCGGCCCGCCAGGGCCUCGCGUGUACAUUCUUGUGGGUCCCGUCUCAUGGGAAACAGCUGAAGUGGGCGCCGCCUGAGCCUCACUCUGCUGCGACUCUUCGUGCUCUCAACGAGUCGGCGGAUGUGGCUGCUAUUCGCUGCAUGGAACGCAGAAUGCAGGGUUCGUUGCGGGCCCGGUGGCAUGCAAGAGUUGAGGAGGUGACCGCCUGGGAGGUCAAAACUGUCAGAAUCGCCGUGAGCGCAAUCGAAUCUCUUGUGAAGACUGUUGAGAAGGGUAACCCUCAGUUCUCCAUGAAGCUGAACUUGUUGCGUUUACAGCAGGAUGUGAUUGUUACCACAAAAUCUGGACUGGAUAGGUUCAUUCUGUGUGUGGAACAAGAAGCGCAUCGGCUAUCAGCAGAUGAGGACGUGCGCACUGCAGCGGGACAUGGGAACAAGCAGCAGCAUGAUGAUGAGUAUGUGAUUGCGAAGGCUAGUGGAAAGGGAAGCGAGAAGUGUUGGUUUCAUUCAACUCCAGAAGGGUGCUCACGUGGGCGAGAUUGUCCAUUUUCACAUGACGGCCCGUCCGGGGCAGCAGGGCCUAAGGGCUCAAAGGGCAAAGGCAAAGGAAAGAAAGGCAAGGAUCACGAUCAGUCAACCGAUGCGGCAGCAAAGGCUAAAGCAGAAGCCAAAGCGAAAGCAAAGGCUGCGGCCAAGGAAGCCAAGGCCAAAACCAAAGCCGAGCAGCAGACGCUGAGGCCAACGCAGCUCCAGCUUCGUCGGCAGCGAAAUCUGCUAGGACGAGAUGAGAUGGAGCAGUAUGGUCAGACUGGAUCGGCUCCUAGUGCAGCUUGUUGGGAGCGUUUGCAUCCUGACAACGAGUCUCAAGCUUUGGAGUGGCAAGCAUGGGAGUGUUUUCGGGACGGUAUUACGCAUCAGGAGCUCAUCAGUGUGACCUCCACGGGACAGCGACUACAUGUUGCAAACUAUGUCAGAGCAGCAUCCUGUGACUCAGAUGCGGCACAUCUGCUGAUAGAGUCAUCGACAGCAUCAUGGUGGUGUGUCGUACGCGUGCAACAUUGUGAGCCUGACCCAAUCCCGGUAGGUGUUGCCUUCCACUUUGCUGAUGACCAUGCUGUGGUUAGAGAGGUAACCACUGAGGAGGAGACAUCGCCCGAAGAAUCCAACCUCGAGGAGCUCGGGGAUAACUCUGAGGAGGAGCCAGCGAUUGGUACAGAGCCGGACCCUCUUCACGUCAUGCUGGACAUGAUUGAUGCCACACGGUAUGCGAGGAUCUUGAGUGCACUUGGAGUUGAAACCAUAGAAGACUUGGAUCUUAUUCGAGAAGAUGAUUUAACAGAUAUCCCCGCAGUUCCUCGACGCAAGAUCUUAGAAGCCUCCCAAGCCAUCAAUCGAGGUUACAUUUUACUAGAGGAAUUGCCGGAUAUGUGGGCAUGGGCUCAUCGCAGAAACCAAGAUGUCGAGCACCCGCUCUCAGAAGGGGAGCCGGAUGCUGAACCUUUUGGGGCCAAGUUGGAAUGCAGAGAUGAAGGGCAUGCCCAGGCAUCACGAGCUCAAGGCUCAGAGCCCUGGGUACUUGUGGAUUCAGGAGCAAAUGAAACCAUUCGCCCGUGGCUUCCGACCAUGAGCACUACAGGAUGCAAGCAGACAUCAGUCACCACAGCCAGUGGCGACCGGGUGGAGGCCUUAAGAUCUCGUGACGGAGAGUUGUGCGUUAGAUCUUCCGAUGACAGCCAAGAAUGGCUUCUCAGCGUACGGCGUCUAGUUCAAGCUGGGGGCAUGUUCUGUUGGGAUGAAUCGGGUGCUUUGUUGCGGUAUUGGGAUGAGGAUCGGAAGCAGUACAUGAAGGUGGUGUGUCAGGUCAUAAAUGGGCUUCCUUACAUCACUUGGACAGAUUUCAAGCCUAUUCGCAUCCUUCUAUCUCGUAGAUACAAGGGGAAGGAAUCCACAGCAGCAAGCGCCGAGGAAGCUCCAGCAGAUACUACAUUACAACAGUUGCGGAUGUGUGACACAUGCACCCCAGAAGAACUAGCAGAGCAGACCUGGGCAGAGGAGGACGUGACCAUCAAUAAGUCGCGAUCAGAGCUUGAUGACGUUGAGCGUUCUGAAGCCAGGGCAAAGGAGAUGUUAUCCAGUGAACAAAUCACCCGUGAAAAUGUUUGGAACCUGGUUCAGGAUGCUGGUCUCAAGGGUCAGCGGACGCGGACAUCACUGCAGACUGAUGGAGAGACGAGGCCUCGGAUGUGGGUGUUCGGAUAUUUCGCACACGGUGGAGUCGAUGGACUCACUGCGUUAACGACGGAACGACCGUAUCUCACUCGAGUACUCUGCGAGUUGGUGAGGCGGGAGCUCCCCCACCACACUUUCACGAGCCUGGUUCUGGCAAUCGAUGCCACGCUCAAACCUCAUCGUGAUAGUUUCAAUCAUCCUGAGACUGAAGUGGGUCUUGUCGGCCUUACGGAGUUCAAACACGGUGAACUGUGGAUCGAGGAUGUCGAUGGCAAUGUAAAGCGAAGAGUAACAGAGCAGAAGGUCCUGGUUGGUCGCUUGCUUUCGGUUUCAGGAGCCGCAGUCACGUUCAAUGGCAAGGCAUGGCAUGGAGCAGAAGCCCACCAAGGCAUCCGCAGCACGAUUUCAGCAUUUCCGCCCAGUCGGUUCAGCAAGGCGAAUCGCAACAUCAUCGCAAAUCUCAGCGAGUUGGGAUUCAAGAUCCCGACACAUGUGCAGUCAGUAGCAGCCUCGGCAGUUACAGCCAGCACAAAUCCGAAAGCAUCCAGUCAAGAUGACGAUGAUGGUGAUGAUCAUGCGAUGUGUGAGUUUGAGCCGGAGGGUCUUUGCGAGGUUUGUGGGGCUGUGUGUAGGUUUCAGGUUGAGCCCGCGCCAGAGCCUUCGCGUGAUGAGCCAUGGCCUGUCGCGUGCACAAUCGUUACUGACGAGUCUGGUCCUGUAUCGUCUUUUCAGGAAAGGGCACGAUCUCAAGCACUCAAUCGGCUGUCGCAGCAAUGCAGUAAAGGCCUCUACGAGCGGAGAUGCCCCAAGUGUUUGGAGGCCCAUGGUCACAAGCGCAAAUGUCGGCGGCUGGACCCGAGUGAUGUUUCCAAGGGCACUUUGUCCAUGGACUUGUCAGGUCCUCAUCCAACUGCAUUCUCAGGCCAUCGCUACUUUCUUGUUGCGAACUUGUGCACAGGCGGGGAAUUCCCAGACAUACCGUUCGUGCGUUUGUUGCAAACAAAGAAAACCGGGGAAGUAGCUCAAGCUUUGAGUUCAAUCAUGUGCCAGAUCGUGUCGCUCAGUCAGGGUGUCCCGGAAGUGUUCCGGAUACAUUCGGAUGCCGGCAAAGAGUUUGUCGGCAAGGCGUUUAUUACAGAAGUCCAGCGAUUGAGUCUUUGGCCAACCACAAGUGUUCCAUAUUCUCCCCAACAAAACGGAAAGGCAGAGAGGCUGGUAGGACUGAUCAAGUCUGCAGCGGCUUCGCUGCUGCUGCACGGUAGGCUGCCCUUGAAACUCUGGAGCGAGGCAGUUCUCGAGGCAUGCUUCCUACGACGCCAGAAAUCUUUGCAGCUGCCAUUGCCAGCUGAUCGCCCGAAGAUGGGCGCCGAGGAGGCCAUUUUCCUUGCGAAUGAGGAGCGGGCUCCAGGUGGGGCCCGGGUCAUGGUAAAGCGCGGGGAUAAGACUUCGGUUCGAAUUGUUCGUCUUCCAGUGCUAAGUGAUCAAGUUAUGAAGCGCUGGAGGGUGGUCAAGGGACCUGCUGAGGGACAGAUGGUAUGGGUUUCCACUGAGGGGGAUCUGAAGUGGGACGCCCCGCCAAUCGACAUGCUGACGGUCGAGGAGGCCGCAGGCGACUUCAUCAAGCCCGAAGCUGACGAUGUUGUUGCCAUGAUGAAGAAUAAGCUUGCGAACCCAGAGGGAGCUGAAGGAGCAGAGAAACUGUUUACCCUUUUUGGACAUGGCUUCCUAGUUCACUCUUCGUAUGACGCAGUACCGAGUGCAGUCGCUGCGCAUGUGGAGGAAUUGGAUGUCAACCAGAGUCGCAACAAGGAGGCUAAGGACAAGUACUACAUCUUGGCAUAUCGUCUCGAGGAGGAGAUGAAUGAGCAUGAGCGGACCUUAGCAACGCAGGCUCAGAGCACCGUGGAGAUCGGCGAAACCGUGCCGCAGAGCAUCCUGACUGGAAAAGCCAUAUCGGAAGCAGAGCUGGAAAAAUGGCUAACCGAGGGCGUGGGCACGGAACUUGAAAAUCUUGCUAGCAAGGAUGUCUACGAUGAGGUAGAGAAGAGCAAGGUUCCCGCAGGUGUGAAGCCGAUACCCGCAAAGCUAGUGUUGAAGCGCAAGCCGGUGAACAACAUUGCCGAUGAAGUUGAGGGCAUCGCCUCAGCUGAGCACGCAUCGUUGAGAAGUUGGCAGGCCAAGGCAAGGUUAGUGGCAUGUGGAAAUUGGGAGAAAGGGACAACACCACAGGCUCCAGAGAACCAGUCCUUGAACCCAGGAGCGGAAGCAAUACGGAUCGCAGCAAGCUUGUUGGCACGACACCAGGACUGGACAGGACUUGUGUUGGACAUCAGCGCCGCGUUCCUCAACGCAAAGAUCCAGGGCGAGGACGUGUACGUGUCCCCACCGCCAGCACUGGUAAAGCGCAACAUCAUUAGCGGAUCAGUGCUCUGGAAGCUAAAGCGAGCCCUCUACGGUUUACGCCGUAGCCCGAAGCUGUGGGAGCAUGACAGAGAUGCAGAGGUUGAGGCAAAGAGGGUAGUUGGUCCCGAUGGUCAGUGUCUGAAGUUGGUUCGCCUAGAGCCUGGAGUGUGGAAGGUGAUCGACGAGUCGGAUGUUGAUCAAAACCCACUGGCCUUGGCGUUCAUGGAGUCUUGGACAUUGAAGAUUCAAGGCAUGCUGUGCUUCAAGGAUUUUGCGGAGCAUGAUGUGUUCACCUUCAGUGGUCUUGAGAUCCCAGUACGAAGUGAGCUGACCUUCCUUGGGUGCGAGCUUAAGCGAGACGUAGCCGGUGUGUUCAUUCAUCAGACACAUUGGUUGGAAGCUGAGCUUGUGAAGAGAGGGCUUUUGCACUUGAAGGGCAGCGCAUCCUUGCCGGAGUUGCCAGAGGGCACUAUAUCCUGCCGGAUCCACGUACCGGACGUCGCAGCAGUGACGGGCGGAAUAGCGUGCAUCGCAACACUCAGUCCAACGAAGGCAGUCAAGUUGGCUGUAGGGGUAUGGCGCUAUCUGCUGUACACAAAGACAUGUGGUCUGUGGUACCAUGAUCCGGUGCAUUUCUAUGGUGAUGCAUCGCUAGGCGUAGGCGCAAGUCGCAGCCGCACCGGUGCACUUGUCACAUGGGGACAGCAUGUCAUCACAUGGCGCUCGUGUCGACAAUCCAUCACGGCAUGGAGCGCAUUUGAAGCAGAAGUGGAUGCUGGGGCAGCAGCGCUGGAAAUGGGCAUCAAGGUACGAGAAACACUUGAACGGCUCACGACGCGCAGGCCGGCUGCGACUCUGUAUGGAGACAAUGCCGCGUGCCUCACCAACCUCUUGAAAGGACACCAGGAUCACCAAGCUACGAGAACUAGGCAUUUUGGCUUGCGCUGCAGCUGGGUUCGUGACCAGGCGGUCUCAGAGGGAAUCGCUAUCAAGUACAUGAGCGGUACGGCGAUUCCAGCGGAUUCAUUGACAAAGAUUCUGGGACGCAAGGCUCUGGAGCAAGCGAGGCCAAAGUUGUCUGUCGUUGACUCGCAUGCAUUGGGAGCGAAGUGCGAGACUCUGGACUAG